AUGGGAAAUACUACAUCGAUCUCAUUGAAUAUACUUCUUGCCAAAAUAUUGACCAAACAGUGCUUGAGAGAGCCCCAAGCUGCUUUCUAUGGAGGAGGCAUAAUAGUUAAUCCGGAAUUUGAUCAUGGCAUUGAAGGGUGGAAAGUGUUUGGACAAGGGAAAAUAGAAGGAAGAUUGGCAAAGGAGGGAAACAGGUUCAUUGUGGCACACAACAGAACACACCCAUUAGACAGUUUCUCUCAGAAAGUUCAAGUUGAUCAAGGAAAAAUCUACAGCUUUUCUGUCAAGUUUGUGAUUGUUUCAGCUUGGGUUCAAGUGAGUGAAGGAAGUGAGAUUGUAGCAGUUGUCUUUAGACCCACCAAGGGUGAUCUCACACAUGGUGGCAAAGUCAUAGCUAGGAGUGGAUGCUGGAGUCUGCUAAAAGGCGGCAUGGUCGCAAAUUUCUCGAGCCCCAUUGAGAUUUUCUUCGAGGUGAAAUUCUGCAAGAACACAUCAGCAGAAAUAUGGGCUGACAAUGUCUCACUUCAGCCAUUCACCAAGAAGCAAUGGAGAUCCCACCAAGACCAAAGCAUUAGUAAGAUUCGCAAGAGUAAUAUCCGAUUCCAAGUAACCAGUGCGGAUAAAACUCCAUUAGAAGAUGCUCAAGUGUCUAUCAAGCAAACCAAGUCAGACUUCCCUUUUGGAUGCGGUAUGAACUACCAUAUCCUCCAAAGUACUGACUAUCAAAACUGGUUCUCAUCAAGAUUCAAAGCUACCACUUUCACCAAUGAGAUGAAGUGGUACAGCACUGAGAAAGGGCAGGGCGAAGAAAACUACACCAUCGCAGAUGCCAUGAUGGAAUUUGCCCAAAGCAAUGGCAUUCGCGUUAGAGGCCACAACGUGUUCUGGGACAAUCCAAAGUACCAGCCUUCCUGGGUCAAAUCCCUUUCCACUGAUGAACUGCGAAGCGCAGCAGCAAAGAGAAUCAGUUCGGUAGUUUCUAGAUACAGUGGAAAGCUAAUUGGUUGGGAUGUUGUGAAUGAGAAUCUUCAUUUCAGCUUCUUUGAGGAUAAGCUCAGUCAAAAUGCUUCUGCAGAGUUCUAUCAUAUAGCUCAACAGCUUGAUCCAAACACAACCAUGUUCUUGAAUGAGUAUAACACCAUAGAAUAUAGCGAUGACGAGGCCUCAAGCCCACUUAACUACCACAAGAAACUUGUGGAGAUCUUGUCAUUCCCUGGAAAUUUGUACUUACCAAUUGAGGAUGAUCAAUUCCCUUGCUAUGUCAGUUCAUGUACCAAAAAAAUUCGUACGAGAGUUAGAACCGGUUAUGCCACAAGGCUGAAACUUGUUUCUGUGCAGGCUCAGUACUUGGAAGAGAUACUUAGAGAGGGCUAUUCACACCCUGCGGUGCAAGGCAUAAUCAUGUUUGCAGGUCCAGAACUAGCAGGUUUCAAUGUCACAACUCUCGCGGAUAUUAACUUUGAAAAUACUCCGGCCGGAUAUGUUGUAGACGAGCUGAUUCAAGAAUGGAAUUCUGGGACUCUGGAGACCAGAACAGACAAUAAAGGAUUCAUAGAUUUGUCCCUUUUUCAUGGAGAUUAUGGUGUAACAGUGAAGCACCCUUUAACCAAUUCCUCAGCCACUAUGAGUUUAAGGGUGACAAAAGAUAAACCGCAAUCAAAUAUCCAUGUUCUUAUUGAUACUUGA